CACCUCACGACCACCCCACCACAGCCACGACAAAGCGUCUUACCAGGAAUACGUACUAGGCCCCAUCCAGUUUCAUCUCAACCUUCGGACAACGUGGCGGCGUUCAUCCAGGUAUAGCUGUGCCACCAUAGAAUGAUCUACCUAGGCUGAUCUCACGAAAAUGAAGAAGGUGUUCGCAUACUUCCAAUCCACACCCUCACAGCCCAGCGCUGGAAGUGCUCGACUUACGUCUUCUCCCCGCGAUGUCUAUGUAUGUGGCCCAAACCGUGUCUACAACUCCAGCAAAGACGUCACUCGCCGCAUCAGCUUCGACACUCCAACCAUUAUGUUGUACGGCUACCCGUCUCGUGGCGGCGUCAUCGUGCUAGAGGAUGCGUCGCCUACGGACCUGGAUUUCUUGGCUCUGGACCGCAUGAAUCCGCCCAUGUUGAGGCAUGAAGAUCCAAAGGAGGAGGAUACGUUUUGCCAGAGGCUGCUGUUGCUAGGCGCAAAGUGGUGGGACUCGAUGGCGCGAUACUGGCUGUUGAAGGGCGAGGAUGUGAAUAUUCCUGAUUUGGAUGAUAGCGAUGAGCCCGAGCCGACGAAGCGGGAACGGCACUGGGUUAGCGUAGCGUGGCCUAGUGCGGGGGGGCUCGUAGUCUCCGAGUUCGAUACGAACAUGUGGGGCGUCGAGGUUGAGGUCGAGCUCGUUCCCGAAGAUGUGGCGAGGUUGCGGCUGUGCACGAGCAUGGAUGAGAAGGCGCAGAUGCUUAAGGAUAGAUUUCGAGGGAAGGCGUGGGAGAAUGUAGACGAUUAUCGAGGCAAUGCGUUUAUUGGCUGUUGGGGGCGGAAGGAAAUUGGCGAGGUGGGAGAGUUUCAGAAGACAUGGCCGGAGAUUUGAAGGGCUCAGGUCUGUGGGAGAAAGAUGCAACUGGUGCGAGAAAGGGAAAGCGUGCAUGACCAAGGUGAAUCCCGUGGGAGUUAUGUGUCUCACACAGGAUAAUGUAUUCCACAAGCGAGUGGCCCACAUAUAGCAAGGCAGAGCAACCAUCCAACCGCCACCACGAUGAAUCAACCAACCAAACUUGAUCAGUCCGUACUGAAAGCAGGAAAUCUAU